CGAACAUCGUAGGACGUUCUGACACUUGCUUCGCAAAGAUGGAUGUACAGCAUUUGUCCAAACUGGAUGCAGUGCGUGGGCAUUACAACCAAGAGCUCCACUCAUGUGUGGCUUUUGGUGACUUGAUUCGAUUUCUCUUGUGGCUCAUGGCGGGGGCAAUCUUGCAGUCCGUGUCACAAGAAUGGUUUCAUCAGUCUUACGAUCACCGGAAUCUCUUGUCAGAUCCAUUGUGGUGGAUAGUGAGCAUGGCGAUGUGUGCGGUUUUUGUAGCUGUUUCAAUGAAGAUUUGGUGGCUACUUAGCUUAAGCAUGGGGGGCCUGUCUUGCUUGUUGAUCAGCAACUUGAGCAUCGAGCGUCAAUGGAGAGGCUGCAGGCAUGAAUAUGUGGAAAUUGCAUAUGUCAUGACUCAGAGGUUUGCAGCUGUCCUUGGCCCUUUUGCGGCCUGGUGGGUAACAUGGACCUCACAAGCAAUGGACCGUGUCAUUGAAGAGCCCCCGCUGAAGGCAUCUGGUUGUAGCAGAUGCGCCAGUUUCUUCUUUGGCUUUGGUCGAAGGCAUCAGUACCAUCAUGGCAGGUUGGGAUGCUGUGGGAGGAGAGACAGGCCCGCUCUGCGCUUGCACAUCAACGAGGAUUCGGAGUGCUUCUUCUUCCGGGAUGAUGGUUGUGGGCAUCUGCGUUUGCAUCAUAACAGCUUUUCCUCAGACUCAGCUGCCUCCGAGGAUGAAAGUGAUUCAAGUAGUGAGGAGAGUUUCUUUGCACAGGAGGGGAAGAUGGUGACAUUGAUUUACAGUCGAAGCGGCGACCACCUGACUUGCCGACUGCAGCAUCUCGAUCAUCUCGGUCCCAAUGCAGGGCAACUUAUUUUUACUGCGAAUGAGGAGGAAGACAAGAAAGCACUUAGGAUUCUGAAGUCUGACCAGCCGCUUCUGAUCUACUCUCCAAUGCAAGGUGGAUCUGGAGUGCUUCUGCACAGAGGCGGAGGCUGCAUCCAAACAAGAGUUGACCGCUUGGUGGGUAUGCAGGACGCUGCAUUGCAAAAAUACUGCUGCUGCAAUUUGCACUGUGCCUUGGCCCUUUGUCUAUUCUUGAUCAUGUACGCCUUUGCACUGUGUAUUGGAGGAACCGGUUAUCCAGGAUAUGCCGCCAUUGUGUUUCUCCUACUUCCUGAACUUGUGGACGAUUUUCUACCAAAUGCGACAACCAGUCCAAGCAAGUCACACCUUUAUGAUGGCAAGCUGGAUACUGAAAUUAAGGUCACCUUCAACCAGGGAUGGACAUGUGUGAGUGGAGCCGAUCAAAGCGGGAAGGACUACAUGAUUGAGUUUUCCGCGCUUUGGGCGGCCACCUUUAUUUUGGCUUGUUGUACCAUUUCAUUGAUCUAUGGUUGCUACUACCUCCACAAUGCCAGCGAUUUCUUGGGCAUGCUCAAUGACUUGCUCUGGAGGCGUGCCGGAGCGAACUACAGGACAUGGCGGCUCAGGAAGCUCCACAGCAUUCGUUCCAGUGUGGAGAACAAGAGAUUCUUGGAGUUCUCGGCUCAGGGCUCCUUGCCAGGGCUCACGAUAGAGGAUGAUGACGAACUUCAAUGGUGGGUCGAUACACGCGCGGCUCUCUUUGAAGAUAUACGUUUCAACCUGGAGAAAAGGAAACCCAUCUUGGGCCUGUGCUUGCUGGCAGAACUGAUGCUGAUAGUUGUAACCAUUUUGUCGCUGCUUCUUCACGAGAAUGACUUUGCCCUCACCUGCUACGCUGUGACUUAUGGCUGUGCCUUAGGCAUCUUGACUUUGCUCUGUAUAUUUCUCUGUAGUCAAGUCAACGAGAAGCUACGCCAUUGUACGUCCAUCAUGCGUGGGACUGAAGAUGCGGAGGAGGACGUGCCAAGAGAGGACAUGCCUAGAGCAUCUUUGCUCUUGGGUACUGAGCCCCAGCAGCAUGCCUUUCUCAAUCACGAGCGAUCGCAUCCCCUGCAGCUGAAAUUUUUAGGGUUUCCAUUGAAUUUCAAUGUCUUCAAGAUCUAUGCAGCUCCAAUGGCAGGCUACUUAGUGACCCUGGCCUGUUGGUUUGCCCAGCAGUUGGUCCAGCCGUUCUUUCAAUUCAAAAGCUAGCUGCCUGUAGCUGGUGCUUUGCCAGCCCGUGGUGGGAGGCUGCUCCUGAUCUAUCUGGGGUCCAAAUCGUCCCCAGAGUUUAAUUUGUGUCCUCAAGGGUUGGGGUUUUCUCCACCGCGGGGCACAGUGAGGUCUCAAAACACCGCCGCAAACGCCAGGUUCCGUGCGGCCUUGGCCUUCGUUUCGGAUCGCCAGCAACGUCAGGGUGUUCGACCGGUCUCGACCCGACCUGUUCGGCGAAUCCCCGGCCGCUUGGAGGACGCGUUGCCGUCGUGAACUCAGGGCCGGAGCUCCC